AUGCCAUUCAAUCAGGACGAUACAAGGUUCUACCGUCAAGAUGUUGACUCUAGAGGGCAGACUAUGUCGGUCGACGAGCGAAGGGAGCUGCUAGAAAGAUAUCUUCCAAGACCUUCAGAACUGCGUUCAAGCUCGGCCCGUGAGCAGGUUCGUGACCAGAAGCGCAAACAACGACGCAGUAGACGACUUCGACCAUACCUCAAGCAAAGAUUACACCUCGCCAUAUACCUAAUCAUACAGCUCCUCUUCGGUAUUUUCAUACGUGUGCGGCAGAUCGUUUCCGCACUCUUCCAGAAAUUUAUUGCGAUCCGGCACUACCACCAUCGGACGCCGGCAUACAUUCAAAAAGAUCUCAAAGGGCUCAGUCGGCUGCCAGAACAUCUCUCAGUAAUACUCAGGUACGACGCUAGAUCUGAUGAUGGACUAGAAACACUGCUGGAUGAUGUCGCAGAGCUUGCAGCCUGGUCGACCGCUGCUGGCAUACCACUGCUCAGCGUCUACGAAAAGACAGGAGUCCUCAAGCAAUACAUGUCUGCUGUUCAGGAAAUAGUGCAGCAGAAACUCGUCCUAUACUUCGGCGCACCCCCAUCAACACCUGUUCUACAAGUCUUCGCACCCAACUACCCGUCUCUGUCUCCUUUACCAUCUCCACAAAUCAAUGGUACCACAAACACCAAUCUCAAUUUGAGUCUUCUACUCCUCUCAGAAUCCGACGGUAGAGAAACUCUCGUUGACUUAACCCGCACACUCACCGAGAUGGCUCAAGCACAUAAGUUGCGACCGAAGGACAUCACAGUCGAUCUCAUCGAUACCGAAAUCAGUGCAAGUACCAGCGCUCCUGCUCCAUCUAGCAACCCACAACGCACACACGGACACAAGAAGACCAAUGGUGUCAAGCACGACGACACAUACCUCCCCUCGGAGCCAGAUUUACUCAUUGUCUUUGCACCAGUCAUCAAGCUCGACGGAUAUCCUCCGUGGCAGAUAAGAUUGACAGAGAUCUUUUGCGUUGGUGAUAGUGGUGGAGACGUGAGUGGAAGAUCGAGGACAAGGGUUGAGUAUCAGGGUUUCCUGAGGGCAUUGUGGAAUUAUGCUGGUGCUGAGUUUCGCUUUGGUAGCUAG